UAUGGCCUAAAAUACAACAAGUGGACCUAUGCAGAAGUUUAAAAUUGUCUUCUUAGGUAAUUAAUCAGUUGGUAAGACAUCUAUAAUUAAUCGAUUUAUAUUUGAUAACUUCACAGGAAAUGAAUAGGUAUUUGGAAUUCAAAUAAUAAUAGCCUACUGUUGGAAUUGAUUUUAUUUCUAAGACACUUCAAGUUGAUAAUAAAUCAGUUAGACUUUAAUUAUGGGAUACUGCAGGAUAAGAGAGAUUCAGAUCUCUUAUUCCUAGUUAUAUAAGAGAUUCCCAAGCCGCCAUUAUAUGUUAUGAUAUUACAAGUAAAAGUUAUUAACAUAUUAAAGAUGAGAAAUCUUUUUAAGAUUUAUAAAAAUGGAUUGAAGAUGUGAAAGAUGAAAGAGGAGAUGAAGUUUUAAUUUAUAUUUUGGGAAAUAAGACAGAUCUAGAGUAAGAAAGAUAAAUUCAAACUGAUGUAGCUGAAGCAAAAGCUAAAGUAACAAUAUUAAAUUCAAUGUUUAAAGGAAUUAGGAGCCUCAUUUUCAGAAGUUUCAGCUAAAAGUGCACAUAAUGUUUCAGAAUUCUUUAAAAGAUUAUCCUAUGAUUUAUAAGGAACUCCAAAUGAAUAAUAAUAAUAAUAGCAACCUUAAGUAAAGAAUGUAUAUAUAAAUAAAUAGAAAGUCUAAUAGCCCUUAUAACCGAAUCAACCCUAAUAACUAAAACCAAAUGAUGCAACAGAAGAUAAAAAGUAAGGAGGUGGAUGUUGUUGAAC